GUAACCACACGGAGGGGUUAUCGUAAACUUCUAAAUCCAGCCAUCGAAUGCUAUAAAAGGCGCCCCAUCCCAAUGUUUAAUUUCAAUCAAGUAUACGUCGUUUAAGAAACGUAGACGGCUCCUAAUCUUUCGUAAAGAUGCAGAUCUUUGUCAAAACCCUCACCGGCAAGACCAUCACACUUGAAGUGGAGAGCUCCGACACCAUCGAUAAUGUGAAAGCUAAGAUCCAGGAUAAGGAGGGCAUCCCCCCGGAUCAGCAGAGGCUGAUCUUUGCUGGAAAGCAGUUGGAGGACGGCCGCACCCUUGCCGACUACAACAUCCAGAAGGAAUCUACCCUUCACCUUGUGCUUCGUCUUAGGGGAGGGAUGCAGAUUUUCGUCAAGACCCUCACAGGCAAGACCAUCACCCUUGAGGUGGAGAGCUCCGACACAAUCGAUAACGUGAAGGCUAAGAUCCAGGAUAAGGAGGGCAUUCCCCCGGACCAGCAGAGGUUGAUCUUCGCUGGCAAGCAGCUUGAGGAUGGCCGCACCCUUGCUGACUACAACAUCCAAAAGGAGUCUACCCUUCACCUUGUGCUCCGCCUUAGGGGAGGGAUGCAGAUUUUUGUCAAGACCCUUACUGGAAAGACCAUCACCCUUGAGGUGGAGAGCUCUGAUACCAUCGACAACGUGAAGGCUAAGAUCCAGGAUAAGGAGGGAAUUCCCCCGGACCAGCAGAGGUUGAUCUUCGCUGGCAAGCAGCUCGAGGAUGGCCGCACUCUUGCAGACUAUAACAUCCAAAAGGAGUCCACCCUCCAUCUUGUUCUCCGCCUUAGGGGAGGGAUGCAGAUAUUUGUCAAGACCCUCACUGGAAAGACAAUCACCCUUGAGGUGGAGAGCUCGGACACCAUCGACAAUGUAAAGGCUAAGAUACAGGACAAGGAGGGCAUCCCCCCGGACCAGCAAAGACUCAUCUUUGCUGGCAAGCAGCUCGAGGAUGGCCGCACCCUUGCUGACUAUAACAUUCAAAAGGAAUCCACCCUCCAUCUUGUGCUUCGUCUUAGGGGUGGUAUGCAGAUCUUUGUCAAGACCCUCACUGGAAAAACCAUCACCCUUGAGGUGGAGAGCUCUGAUACCAUUGACAAUGUGAAGGCCAAAAUCCAGGACAAGGAGGGCAUCCCUCCCGACCAGCAAAGGUUGAUAUUUGCCGGCAAGCAGCUGGAGGACGGCCGUACCCUGGCAGACUACAACAUUCAAAAGGAAUCGACCCUUCACCUAGUACUUAGACUUCGUGGUGGUAUGCAAAUAUUUGUGAAGACGCUUACUGGAAAGACCAUCACCUUAGAAGUAGAGAGCUCGGACACCAUCGAUAAUGUCAAGGCAAAGAUCCAGGACAAGGAGGGGAUCCCGCCAGAUCAGCAGAGGCUAAUCUUCGCUGGAAAACAGCUUGAGGAUGGUCGCACCCUUGCAGAUUACAAUAUUCAGAAGGAAUCCACCCUCCAUCUUGUACUCCGUCUCCGUGGUGGAAUGCAGAUCUUCGUGAAAACCCUCACUGGGAAGACGAUCACCCUUGAGGUUGAGAGUUCCGACACCAUUGAUAACGUGAAGGCGAAGAUCCAGGAUAAGGAGGGCAUUCCCCCAGACCAGCAGAGACUGAUCUUUGCUGGCAAGCAGCUCGAGGAUGGGCGUACUCUUGCUGAUUAUAACAUCCAGAAGGAGUCCACACUCCACCUUGUUCUUCGUCUCAGGGGAGGGAUGCAGAUCUUUGUUAAGACCCUCACCGGCAAGACCAUCACCCUUGAGGUAGAGAGCUCUGACACAAUUGACAACGUGAAGGCUAAAAUACAGGAUAAGGAGGGCAUUCCCCCAGACCAGCAGAGGCUGAUCUUUGCCGGCAAGCAGCUUGAGGAUGGCCGCACCCUCGCUGACUACAACAUUCAGAAAGAGUCAACCCUUCACCUGGUACUCCGUCUUCGUGGUGGUAUGCAGAUUUUUGUGAAGACUCUUACGGGAAAGACCAUCACUUUGGAAGUGGAGAGCUCCGAUACAAUUGAUAACGUGAAGGCAAAGAUCCAGGACAAAGAGGGCAUUCCUCCAGAUCAGCAGAGGCUUAUCUUUGCUGGAAAACAGCUUGAGGAUGGCCGCACUCUUGCAGACUACAAUAUUCAAAAGGAAUCUACCCUCCACCUUGUCCUCCGUCUCCGUGGUGGUAUGCAGAUCUUCGUGAAAACCCUCACUGGGAAGACGAUCACCCUUGAGGUUGAGAGUUCCGACACCAUUGAUAACGUGAAGGCGAAGAUCCAGGAUAAGGAGGGCAUUCCCCCAGACCAGCAGAGACUGAUCUUUGCUGGCAAGCAGCUCGAGGAUGGGCGUACUCUUGCUGAUUAUAACAUCCAGAAGGAGUCCACACUCCACCUUGUUCUUCGUCUCAGGGGAGGGAUGCAGAUCUUUGUUAAGACCCUUACCGGCAAGACCAUCACCCUUGAGGUUGAGAGUUCCGACACGAUUGAUAACGUGAAGGCUAAAAUACAGGAUAAGGAGGGCAUUCCCCCAGACCAGCAGAGGCUGAUCUUUGCCGGCAAGCAGCUUGAGGAUGGCCGCACCCUCGCGGACUACAACAUUCAGAAAGAGUCAACCCUUCACCUGGUGCUCCGUCUUCGUGGUGGUAUGCAGAUUUUUGUGAAGACUCUUACGGGAAAGACCAUCACUUUGGAAGUGGAGAGCUCCGAUACAAUUGAUAACGUGAAGGCAAAGAUCCAGGACAAAGAGGGCAUUCCUCCAGAUCAGCAGAGGCUUAUCUUUGCUGGAAAACAGCUUGAGGAUGGCCGCACUCUUGCAGACUACAAUAUUCAAAAGGAAUCUACCCUCCACCUUGUCCUCCGUCUCCGUGGUGGUGGGCAUUGACUGUUGAUCGAUCGCUUGGCUUGGUUGCACUGUGAUUUCGUUAGUGCAUGGAGUAAUCUAUGAACUAUGUCAGUUACUUGUUUGGCAUCUUAAAAGUUUGUCCUCUUGAACUCUCUAUGGUGUUGCUACAUGGUUGUGUUUUUCUUUA